AGGUUAACUCUCUGCAACCUGCAACAAAAUGGCGUCGUCUCUGACCCGCUUUGGUCGCGCUCUCUGCGCCAACGCCUGGAAGUCGCGUGCAGCUGUUGCAAGAACCGCUUCGGCUGCUGCUGCUACUAGAGCGGCGAACUCCUACCAGCAAUCUCUGUUGAACGUGCCAGAUACCAAGGUGACUGUUCUGAACAAUGGACUGAGAGUAGCUUCAGAAGACAGUGGAGGAAGUACAUGCACCGUUGGACUGUGGAUCGACUCGGGAAGCAGGUAUGAAACAGAGGCUAACAAUGGAGUUGCUCACUACCUCGAGCACAUGGCCUUCAAAGGCACCAAAAACCGCUCACAGAUUCAGUUGGAACUGGAGGUGGAGAACAUGGGAGCUCACUUGAAUGCCUAUACCUCUCGAGAGCAGACAGUCUACUAUGCCAAGAGCUUCUCCAGCGACCUGGGGAAAGCUGUGGAUAUAUUGGCGGACAUUAUUCAGAACCCUACUCUGGGGAAGGCCGAGAUUGAGAGAGAACGCAGCGUCAUUCUCAGAGAAAUGGAGGAAGUGGAGCAGCAGGUGGAGGAAGUGAUAUUUGACCAUCUCCAUUCCCUGGCCUAUCAGGGCACCCCUCUUGGGAUGACCAUUCUGGGACCCACUGCCAAUAUCAAGAGAAUCAACAGAGACCACCUCAGUAGCUAUAUAGCCUCUCAUUACACAGCUCCUCGCAUCGUACUCGCCGCUGCUGGAGGAGUGAACCACGACGAGCUGGUCGGACUGGCCGAGAGGUGUUUCUCUGGACUACCGACGACCUAUGACCUCCCCAGUCUAGAGCCCUGCAGGUUCUCAGGGAGUAUGAUGACUGUCAGAGACGACACCAUGCCUUUUGCUCACCUCGCUUUUGCCGUGGAGGGAUGUGGAUGGUCGAAUCCUGACUACAUUCCUCUGAUGAUAGCCGGAGCUAUUAUAGGAAACUAUGACAGGACGGUGGGUGGAGGACAGAACAUGGCCAGUAAACUAGCCCAGGGACACCCCUGAAAUGGAGACACUUCUUUUGGGCCCCUUUUGUUCCCGAGACAGCCUUCUUGCUCAAUAAGAUCACCUCAUUAACAAGGACACUUUCUUCUGUCCCAUUGGUGUCUGUAUUAGAGCGGUCCCACUCUUCUUUUUUAGCGAGAUAGAAUGAAGGUUUACUGCUCCAUUCUGUUCAUUCGUUAGAACAUUGUGGCUCAUUCCGGUACCAACCCAUCGGAGGUCCACAGUUUCAUGUCCUUCAACACCUGCUACACAGACACUGGACUCUGGGGGGUGUAUGCAGUGUUAAAUAACACGAGUAUCGAUGACUUUAUCUACAACCUCCAGACAGAGUGGAGGAGGCUGUGUUUUAGUGUGACCGAAGCAGAAGUAGAAAGAGCCAAAAAAGUCUUCAAGACUUCCCUCUUCAUGCAACUAGACGGGUCUACUGCAGUAUGCGAGGACAUUGGCAGGCAGAUGUUGACCUAUGGUAGAAGAAUCCCCCUCCCCGAGAUCGACUAUAGAAUACAGGUAAGUACAUAUUACGGCUGUACAGUAAAGGUAUAUAGAGACGUUUAAUAGUGGCCGUAGUUAGUUGUACAGGGUAUCAUAGUUGGACUACUGAGAGUACCAUGGUUGCAGCAUUGUGGUGUAUAACGUACUUCCUAAUUAGAUUACCCGGAACAUCAGACUGGCUAUAGUUAACACAAUCUGUCGGAUUCUUCCCACGAGUGAACAUUCUUCUGUUUUUA